AUUUAAACUGGAUUCAAAUUCUAACGGAAAUAACGGUCAAAACAGCGUCGCGGUGAGAGCGGAGCCGACUUUACCUCAGGGUUCUUCAGAGGUCCAUCGCUGAGGUCUCCAAUGCACCCUGACCCAUCAGCCCCCUCUCUGCCUCACUGGCACCACCCGGGCGUGACCUGUACUCUCACUCCGCUCGGGCAGCGAGUUUAAACUCUUCUAAGAUGUCAGUGUGUGGCGAGUUUGCCGAGCACGUGUGGAAACCUGGAUCCUGUAAGAACUGCUUUCACCCGCGCAGCGCUCACGCUAACGCCCGCGCUAACGUCAGCGCUAACACCAGAGCCCGGAGGAGCACGUGUGCCGAGGAAGAGGAGGAUGAAAGUGCAUCUUCACCUUCACCCUACAGCAAACCCACCAUCGCCGUCAAACCCACCAUGAUGAACCCGGGCGCCGCCGAGACGCCACCUGAUCUCAACAUGAACACGCAGCAGGGGGCUCGUGGUCGGCCGAUGGGGCUGAAGAACAUUUUGGACGUGUCUCCUCUGUACGUGGAGGGUUCUGGCUGCAGUACGGUGCUGAAGGAGACCACGGUGCAGAACGGUGUUUCCCCAAAGCUGGAUUAUUUAAGCCGUGUUCCUCUCUCGCCUAACGGCUUUAUUAAACCCACACCCUCACUCAGCACCGUGUUUAUUACUCAGGAGGAGUCUCGCAAUCCUAACGGACUAAAGGAGAACCUCAACAGCGCCCCCUACAGGCCCAAGAGCACUUACAUCACCUCCUGUGAUUCUCCUCUUCAUAACCAUAAACAUGCCGGAACCGUAGAGGUGAAGGUAAACGGGGGACCCACCGAGACACGCAGCGUCACCCCGUCUACCCCCGACUCUCAGGUCAACGCCAGCCUGUCCGAUUUAUUCUUACACCCAGGAAGCACAGACUCACUGACCGGACCGGAGACGCUCCACCCCGAGCCCAUCUACGCCGAGAGCGCUAAACGUAAAACCCGGCGUAACGCCGAAGCCGAGGUCAGCGACGACUCCGAGGGUCACAGGACCAUGAUAACCGUCAUGGCCGCUCACACCGAGGAGAACAACCGCACCUUCUACCUCAGCAGCCCCGAUUCGGCCGUCAGCACCCAGUGGCUCCGAUUCAGCCCCACCACCCCCGACGACCCCGCCCGCCCUGCGUUCAGCUGGCCUGCGUCUCCUGUCGCCAUGGAAAACACCCCGUCCGCCCAGCCCGAAUCCAGAACGAGUCCGCCCGUCCCUCCCAAAAGGACCUCACGUUCCCCCAAACUCGGCACAUCCAGCCUGUCGCCGCUUACUCUUCCUGAACUCAACUUCAAUGUGACUCCGCCCUCGAAACUGUCGCAGGGCGACGCCCACUCCUCCUGCCCAGUGCUGAACUCGUGGAGUGUGGAGAGGAUCGAGGAGGAGAAGAAUGGAGGAGAGAGAGAACGCACCGAUAAGUACAACUCCACGCCUGGCACCGAGCACGCAAACAACAGUGGCAGUCAGAAGCAAGCGGGCGUUAAGACUGGCAUCAUAACGGGCAAAGCCAGCACCGAGUCGACAGAUUCCAGCAGCAGUGAACCCAGACCUCCUCUACCACCUCCCAAAAAACAGCACAGAUCGGGUGUGAAGUUAAGUGUGAGCAGUAUGGAUCUGGAUCAGCGAGGAUCAGUGGAAUCUCUGCCUCACUCACUGAAGGGGAUCAACACCACCUCACUGGAGAGCCUGCAGGCCCUGUCCAAUUCAGGUGUUCAGGAUUCGGUGCAGCGCUCCUGUCCCUCGUUACCCAUGUCCCCGAGCUGUCUCCACCCACCGCCGCUCCCCGAGAAGAAGCUGCUGAGCCGAGCGGCCUCGUCCGACAGCGAGUCCCGGCUCAGGAACCACGCCGCCACUUCCUGUUCCUCCCCUCAGCUCUCCUCGUCCUGCUGGUCGCUGGCGGCGCUGGUGAAGGGCGGGGCGAGUCGCGAGUGUGUGUACUCACGCCUGGGCGGACUGUACGGAGAGUGUGUACGCCGCUUAGCGCUGAAGUGUGAGGAGCGCUUCACACACACACUGAAACUGACACGGCGCUUCUUCAACGAGAACGAGUGGAGCCUGUUCAAGCUGAGCUGCAGCAGAGCCGUGUGUGUGAGCGCCGACGCCGCGUACUACCCUGCUGCAUGCUCCUCAGAUACACACACACCGUACGCUGUCAAGAUCUGUAAAGGCCACGCCCCUGAGGUGAAGCGUGCUUACCUUUUUGGUUUGUCGGUGCAGCAGUCGUUCCCUCCUCACUUUAACCUGCAGCAGGACUGCGGUCACUUCAUCGCCUGCGUCCCACAGAGCAUGCUCCCCGGUCACCAGGAGACUCCAGGCGCCCCCUCCUCUCCAUCCAGCUCCGUCCCCCUGGAUCAGGAGCGCGUGGUGGUGAUCACACGGGACGUACCCAGUCAGAGCACGGCGGAGUUUGUUAUCGAGUACGAAUCGUUCCACCGUUCUAAUCCGGAGGAAUACGAGCGGCGCGUCUGCUUCCUCCUGCUGCAGCUGUGUAACGGGCUCGAGCACCUCAAAGCCCACGGCGUCACCCACCGUGACCUCUGCCUGGAGAACCUGCUCCUGGUGCCCCAAAAACGCCCCGCCAGCUCCGACACCACCCCGCACGAGCCGCUGCCCCGGCUUAUUAUCAGCAACUUCUCUAAAGCCAAGCGGCGCUGUGAGAGCGACGACAAGCAUCGAGCCGAGUUCACGCGCAUGGCCCCCGAAAUCGUGUCCGCUUCCCAGUACCGGAAAUUCGACGAGUUCCAGACGGGCAUUCUGAUUUACGAGAUGCUGCACCUGCCCAAUCCGUUUGAGGUGGUGCCGUCACUCCGGAACUGGCAUUACCGACUGGAGGACCUUCCCUCCAUUCCCUCGGUGUCCAUCUACUCGUCCGGACUGGAGCGGCUCGCCCGCCUGCUCCUGCACCCGGAGCCGGACGAGAGGAUCCACAUCGCGGACGCCAGGCGGGGGCUGCAGAGCCUGCUGUGGGGGCCGCGCAGGGAGCUGAUGGACCGCGUCGCCGCCGAGGACAGGAGGAACAAAGAGCCGUACACUCUGCUCAACUGGCUGGACGUGAAGCGAGCGCUGCUGAUGAUGAAAUUCGCCGAACUUUCUGUGGAGCUGGAGAGGGGCACGGAGCUGGAGGACUGGCUCUGCUGCCAGUAUUUCUCCAGCACUCACCCGCCCACCCUGCUGCAAACUGCCCACAUGAUGUACCCCACCAAAACCACACCCUGAGAACUGGGCACGGGGCAAAAGUGUUUGAAAUCUGACUAAGAUCAUGACGGCUGUAGAUCGUCAUGUUAGAGACCUGAGAGAUAUAUGACGCUGUGUCCACCAUCUCUGAAAUAACCAUCUAAAUAUAUGGAAAUAUUCCUCCAGUCGAAACUCUGAAACACGUCCUGUAACGAUCCCUAAUGUAAAGGUGCUGACAGAGAUUUUAAUAGAAGCUGUUUAAAACUCAACACUGAACCUUUUACUGAUCUUCAGAACAGAAGGAGGUUCUUGGUGUCCAUUAAACCAUGCAGCAGGUAUUACAGGGCGCUCGUUUAUAGAGCUGCUGGUUUACUUGCUGUUAACGUAGCCGCGCCAUCGUUUACAUUCACUGCAUUUAACAAACCGUUUAUACAAAGUGACUUCCAAUUAUGACUGAAUAGGGUUAAGGGCCUCGCUCAGGGGGCCCAAGAGUGGCGACCUUCUGAUUCAUGUCUUUAUGGUUCUAAUAUGGAGACGUGUGGUUUUAACACUCCUGCAGUUUCAUUUGGUUUGAUUUCAUGAAAAUGUGAUCGUCUUAAUAAAGAAACGUCCUGCUGAGUCACAGUGAUGAGAGACUUAAUUCUUUAUAGAUUAUUUUAUCUAAUAAUGAUCAUUAAUGAUCGGACCGGGUCCGUUAUGCUGCAUUACAACUGUUAUAAUGUGUAAUAAAAACACAACAAUGAUCUGCAAAAUGAGGAAGUGAAUCUGAAUCUGUACAGAAAGUGUGACGAGCUGCAGCUUUUCUCAUCAAUUUUUUAAUUUUAAUCUGUAAUUAAAGUGUUUUGAAUAAUCCCUGCCGUUAUAAACAUUAAUCUGCUGUACAUCAAUAAACUGCUGAUACAUUUUCA